GAACAAACAAUUUUUAUUUAUCUUCACCGAUGGCAUCCGAAAAAAGCUUUUGUUUGUUUUCAAUGCAAAAUCAAGAACCUUAUGUUGUAUAUCAAUGCAAAGAAUUGUUUGAUGACUCAAAGACAUCAGAUGUCAUUUUUGUUUCAAGGGAAAAAAGCCAAAUCAAAGCGCAUCAGUUGAUUCUUAGCUUAUCAUCACCAUUUUUCAAAGAACUUUUUAGUGAUUUUAAUUCAAAUUACAACAUAAUUUUACCAAAUUAUUCUGCUGAAGUUAUUUUGGCAUUUGUACAAUUUUUUUAUACUGGCGAAAUUCAUAUAAGUGGAUCACUUUUGAAAGAAUUUACGACAUUAUGUCAUGAAUUUAGAUGUGAAGAGAUUCCAAUCAUAUCAGAACUUAUAAAAUCACAAAAAGCUAAUGACGAAAUUGAAAAUCAAGGAAGGGAAUCAUCCAAAUGGUUAAGAGAAAGAGAAAAUAGUUUGGAAGUUGUACGAGUCACAGAAGUGUCAACAAAAGCGGAAGUUGAGAUGGAGUUUGAUGAAUAUUUCAAAUCAAAUGACAAUGUCGAAACAAUAUUCUUCAAUGAAAAUGAAAAUAAUGAAUCGGAAAUUAUUGCAAAGCAAGGAAACAAGGGAAUCAAAGAAGAAUAUUUGAAUGAAGAAUACAUCAUAGAAGAGAAUCAAUUUGAUGACACACGAGAGAAAAAUCUGCUGAACAAUGAAUUACCAGAUCCAGACUACAGUAUGAAAGAUCCUCAACAAAUGUCUAAUAGUGAAGUAAGUGGAGGAAGUGACUACUUAAAUGAAAGCAAGAAGGAAGAGCGGACAGAUGGCGACAAUCUCAGGAACGUACAACAAUAUAACAUGAAGACGGGAUUCAAAAGAAAUCAAAUAAAUUCACCAUCUAUAACUUUUCCAACGGUUGCAGUUAAUCUUAACCAGCUAAGAGAAGAACAGAACAGAUUCAAAAGGAGACUUCAAGAAGCGAUAAAUUCAUGCAGAGACUCAAACAAUUCUGUCAAGAAAGCUUCGAAAAUGUUUGGUGUUCCUGCAUCAGCAAUUGAAAGAAACCUAAGAGGAUACAAAAACUUCAAUUCGUCGUAAUUUUGUACAAAUCUCAAAAUUGAAUGGA